GGGGGGGCACGUGAAACAACGGCUGCUCCUGUUUUCCCUCGUUUAUUUCCAAUCCUCCAUGGAUCCCCUUCUCGCUUACACCUCCAAAACCCUAACUUCUGCAUGAAUUCUUAGUCCAUAAGCUUCCAGUUCCAACAAUGGAGGUCGAAAAUUCAAUUGCCGACCACAAGCUCUGCGGUUUCUUCCGUACUGCAGUUAAAAUUUCACCACAACCGCACUCCUCCGAGCUCCGUCGCACUCCCCCUGUAAAUUCCAAGUGCCAUAUAGCCGGCGACGGUUCCAAUGUCCACUUUGUGUCUGAAAACGACGUCGUAUUGUCCCCAAUCGGUUCUCGGGAGGAGCAAAACGGCACCGUUCCGACGACGAAGAAGUGGAGGAGAAUUAGAAUGGUUCAUGGUAGUUUAAGCGUGGUGCACCAGUUACACAAGCUUGUAAUGCAAAAAUGCUUGAGAAUUGUUGCUAGGGUUGUUGAGGUUGUGGAUCGCGGCGGUGGUGAUGAUAAUGAUGAUGAUGAAGUUAGGGUUGUUGUUUUAGUGGACGUAUACUUGCCUAUUGCUUUGUGGUCCGGUUGGCAGUUCCCUAAGUCUGGUCCUGCUGCUGCCGCGCUUUUCCGCCAUGUCAGUUGUGACUGGGAAGCUAGGAGUUCUAUGCUUCAGUCUGCUAAGCUUGGUGUUGAAAAGGAUUUUAGUAUUUGGAAUCUGUCUGACUGUCAUGUUAUAGGAUGCAAACAGCACUGCAGUGCACCUGACCCUUCCAAGAAAAAGCUCUUUGAGCUCCAUGAAAUUUUUAAGAGCUUACCAAGUGUAGCAAAGAGGGGAAAUCCCGAUUCUUUAAGAGUGAAUCCCCUUGAUAGUAGUAGAUCGGGUAUAUGGGUGGUAACAGAUGAUAUUUUGAUCAAUAUUCUUUCUUCACUUUGUCCUGUUGAUCUUCUAAGGGUCUCUGCAACAUGUCGGCAUUUAAGAUUUCUUGCUGCAUCAAUCAUGCCAUGUAUGAAACUUAAAUUGUUUGCUCAUCAGCAGGCUGCAGUUGACUGGAUGUUACAGCGUGAGCACAAUGUUGAAUUAUUACAGCACCCACUGUACAUGGAUUUUGUCACUGAAGAUGGGUUUGCUUUUUAUAUAAAUGCUGUUUCUGGUCAAAUAGCCACAGGUCAGGCUCCUAAAAUCAAGGAUUUCCAUGGGGGAAUGUUCUGUGAUGAGCCUGGCCUCGGUAAAACUAUUACUGCUCUUUCUCUCAUUCUGAAGACUCAGGGAACACUGCCAGAGCCACCAGAUGGUGCACAAAUUAUCUGGUGUAUGCAUAAUACUGACCAGAGGUGUGGUUAUUAUGAGCUUAGUAGUGAAAAUACAAUCAGUUCGGGGUUUUCAUCAGCAAGUAGAGCUACUGGACUCAAUGGCCGUAGGGGACAUUUAUCUUUAGAUAAACUAACCCCAACAAAAAGCUUAGACUUCCCCACUUCAAUUGGAUCCACGGUUGUUAAUUCAGCUGAUCACAUAGCAGCUGCAGAAAUUAGUUCAUGUACAGUCAUGCGCUCCACUCCAGCUAGGUAUGCUGUGAGGUGCACCAGUAACUUUAGCCAGAUAAAAAAAAAUCUUAUGUAUGCAUAUGAAAAUGAAGGGACAUCUCUCUUUCCUGAGAGGAAUUCUAGGAAAGACUCGAAAAAAAGAAAGCGUGCUUCCAACAACCAACAAAGAAGCUUGACAUAUGCGAAACCUGGUUAUUCAAAAAAAAAUUCUCGUGGUAGUAAGAGGUUUUGUGAGCCUUCUGCUGAGAACUAUGUGAUCAACGAAACCUGGAUCCAAUGUGAUGCUUGUCAGAAAUGGCGGAGGCUUACAGAAGCUGGUGUUGUAGAUGCUACUACUGCAUGGUUCUGCAGUAUGAAUACUGAUCCAUUAUAUCAGAGUUGUCGUGUUGCAGAAGACUCUUGGGAUCAUAAGCAGCAUAUCACUUGCCUUCCAGGAUUCCAUACCAAAGGAACACCUGGGGGACUGGAAGAAAAUAUAUCAUUUUUUACCAGUGUGCUGAAGGAUAAUUGCUCAGUUAUGGAUUCAAAAGCAAAGAAGGCUCUAAUUUGGUUAGCUAAGCUGUCACCGCAGAAGCUGUUAGAAAUGGAAACAAUUGGGGUGGGGCAACCCGUCAUACAGACCUCAGUAGGAGUUCCUUAUGCCUAUCAUAAAAUAUUUCAAGCCUUUGGUCUUGUCAAGAAGGAUGAAAAGGGUACAACUAAGUGGUACUAUCCUAGAGGUCUUGUGAACCUGGUAUUUGAUUUAGAUGCGUUAAGGGUAGCUCUAUGUAAGCCUCUGGAUUCAUUUAGGAUGUAUUUGUCUCGAGCUACUUUAGUUGUUGUUCCUUCAAAUCUAGUUGAUCAUUGGAGAGGUCAAAUUGAGAGGCAUGUAAGACAAGGGACGUUGAGAGUUUUUGUCUGGACUGAUUAUAAAAGGCCUUCUGCACAUAAUCUUGCUUGGGAUUAUGAUAUAGUUAUAACUACAUUCAGUCGU